UAGUAAGUGUAUAUUUAAGAAAAAAGGAAAUAAAAAACGGCAUUUAGGAGCGAUGUCCAAGAAAAGACCUGCAAAUGACUCAUCAUGGAGCGGAGGCAACACAACUUACAAGGACAAGAUGGUACAGAUGACCCAACAAGAACGAUUGAUAGAAGAAAAAAGAAAAAAGAUAAUGGAGAAAAUGCAGUCUCAGCCCCCUCAACCUGCAAUUCCCCAAAGUUCAUCGACUGUGAAGAAACCAGGUCUUCCUUCAUGGAUGAAGAAAUCUAAAGCUACAAAAGAAAUAGAAAAAGAGAAGGCUACUCCCAGUCCUGAAUUUUUUUCCAAUGAUGGAAGUUUUAUGGAGAGAUUUUUGGCAAUGCAAGCUGCAGCAGCUGGAAAAUCAAGCUCUAGUUUAGAAAAAAGUGAAAAGAAAGCAGAAAAAGGAAGUAAGCCUGACACAAAAACCAUGACUAUAAAGGACCUAAAAAAGGACUCGCAGACUGUGCAAGCAAUUUCUAGACCUGAGUCAAAAACUUACAACCAACCAAGACAAAUUGAUGAUAGAGCUUCAAAAGAUGCUGGAAAUAAACCAGGAAUCAUAGGACAAGAUAAUUCUUCAGCAAGUCAAACCUCUGCAAAUAGUCAGAAAAUGCUUCAACCUUGUCCAUUGAGGCCUCCUGCACCUCAGAAUAAUGUUAAGGGGCCAGCUCCACAGCAACAAGUGCCUACCAGUCUACAACAGGCUCCCCAUUCUCCAACUCACCAGCAGCAACAACAGCAGAUUGGGCCUCCUCAAUUUCAUGCAGGUCAACAGCAACCUCCCAUUAGGCAACCAUCUAAAUUGCAUCCUGGUGGACCUCCAACAGGACAGUUACUGCCAGGUCUGCAGAAUCCUAACUUCCAACAAAAUCCUCCUCAGACACCUCCUAAUGUAACUUUACCACCACAUUCAGUGGCUUAUUCAAAAGCUCCAACAUUGCAGGAAAAUCCUUCUUUCUUGCACCCAAAUCCAAAUACCCCAGCUCAGCAAACCAGAUUUGGAGGUCCACCUCUACCUGGACCCAACUCGGGAAUAUUUUCUCAAGGACAGCCUCCUAUGCCUCCUGGUUCACAGGCUCCCCAUUUUGGUCCCCCAAAUUCUUUUGGCGCACCUCCUCCUCCACAGUCUCAAAGACCUCCUGUUCCUGGAACAUAUGGACCUCCUCCAAAUCCUCCACCUCCACAAGGUUCAGGGAAUUUUCCUCCAUCAUCUACUUCACCACCUUCUCAGUUCAGUGGCUAUAAUCAACCACCUCCUCAUCCAAAUGCUGGCACUUUUCCACAAAAUCAACCACCUGCCCAAAAUUAUGGAGGACCUCCUCUCCCUCCACAAGUAGCACCAUUUGGCCAGCCCCAUACACAACCACCUCAAAUGAACUCUGGACCAUUUGGUAAUAUGCCUAAUUCACAAGUUCCUAAUAGAACCCCUGCUACACCAAAUUCAUUUGGGGGACCACCACCUCCUCCACAGAUGGCAAAUUUUGGAGGUCCCACCCAGUGUACACAUCAGGGUCCCCCUCCUGGACCCCCUCCACCAGGAAGCUUUCCAGGACAACCUCAGGUAUUGCCUCCCCAGUCAUCAGCUACAUUUGGUAUGCCACCAAGUGGACCUACUCCCCAAAUGACCCAUGCAGGGGGUAUGUAUGGAAUGCCUCCCCAACAGCCUGGAUCACAUUUGCCCUCUCCUGUUAAGCCUGGGGAAGAAAGAGAGGUGUAUGGAAAGUAUGGUCAAAUUGUUAUGAAGAAGGAACAGACUGCAAUCAAGCAGGAAAAUUCAUCAUUGGACUAUGAUCCAUCAAUGCCCACAGAAGGUGACUCACCAGUUAAGCUUGCCUCUGAUGAUGACAUCAAGCUAGAAAGAGACCAGAAAUCCUUACAUGUUGCUAUGCAGAUGAGAGCAAGUGGUAGCAGAGUGGAAAGAAAAAGACCAUCAGUGUUUGAUGAAACUGAUGAAGAAUUCACAUCAGUUUCUCCCCCAGAGGAUCCUGACACUGUGGUGCUGGUGGAACAGAUGGCUUCCUUUUUUGCCCAGUGCUCUCCUGACAAAGAAAAGCAGGCUCUAGAAGAUUACAGGGAUAACUCUGUCUUCUGGUUCCUGUAUGAAGAGACUAGUCAUGCACACCAAUACUUCAAAUUUAAAGUGGCAGAGCUUAAGAAGCAGAUUGGAGAUGGCAGUGAAGCUGACUCAGAGGAUGUGGAUGGUAAAUCUGCUUCUGGAUUUAAAUUGAGGAGAAAAAAGAGGAGUAGGUGGGGCCCUCAGGAUGAUCAGCAGUCAGCACUUCCAGUGGGGAUAGCCAUUUCCCAGGGUUUGGGCACUAAUGUUGUCAAGUCAAGGCCACCUCAAGUGACUUUGCAGGACUUUGCCAGGAAAAUGGUUGGCAGUGAUUCAUUGAAUGAGGAUCAGAUAAAGCAAAUUCGUCACCAGCAAGAGAUGAACAUGAUGUACGAGUUAAUUUUGGCAAAAAAGAAAGUGGAAGAAGCAGCUCUGAUGGCAGAGAUGACAUUGAUGUCCUCUGGUCCCACAAAGAAAAAUAAGUAUGAGUAUGAUUCUGAUGAGGAAACUGAAGGCGGGACGUGGGAACACAAGCAGAGAAUGUCAGAAAUGGAGGCCACAAAAGAAUGGGCAGAAGCUCUAACAGAAGCUAACAAGGGAAAACAUUUCAUUGGUGAUUUCUUGCCUCCAGAUGAAUUGGAAAGAUUCAUGGAAACAUUCAGGGCAUUAAAAGAAGGCAGAGAACCUGAUUUGACUGACUACAAAGAUUUCAAGUUGACCUGUGAAAACCUUGGGUACAAGAUGCUUCAGAAGUUAGGUUGGAAGGAAGGGGAGGGUCUGGGUGCAGAGGGUCAGGGAAUCAAGGAUCCAGUCAACAAGGGUUCAGUCUCAGUGGAUGGUAGAGGUAUUGGAAUGGAAAGACCAGCAGUCCUAGAUAAAGAUGAUGAUGAAUUUGAUGCUUACAGGAAAAGAAUGAUGCUGGCUUAUAGAUUUAGACCAAACCCUCUGAAUAAUCCAAGGAGACCUUACUAUUGAUAUGGAAGUAACAUGUUAGCUACGAAGAGAGUUUCAUUUGUUCUGUAAAUGCAGAAAUUAAUAGAAAAUAUACCUGCAAAAGCCCAGCGAGUUACCUACACACACAGUUCAGUCAUCAGUGGGGUCAGUGGAACCAUUUGGACUGGUGUUUCUACUGUUUUGAGAAAUGAUGGAACACAUUUAAGAAUUGCAUCUUAAUUAUUGACUCCAUGGUUAUGCGUACAUAAACUUUAGUUCUUUUAUCUGUGAUGGCAAACACCAGAAGAGUGAUAGUAAGGUGUCCAUCAUCUGUCAGUUUUUUUGAAAAAAAAUUACAGCUAACUUUGAUGAAGUAAGGGGGGAAGUUCAUGUCUCAGAUUAAAGUUUUUGGUUUCUACGUAUUUCUAUGCCCUAUAUUAAUCUAAGCUGCAUGGAUGAUGAUCUAUAUGUUUCACUGUACCUGUCAGGUAUCAGGUGAUGCAUUUUCAGCCAAUAUAUUCUAUAAAGUUGACCAGGUUAGAGUUUUUGAAGACAGUUUGUUUUUGGAGCAGGUUAAUGUUUUAGGAGCAAGUCACAUUCCCAGGUGACUUAAAGACUUGCUUUGGAUGCUGGAUUUGACCUUGAUUGAUGAUUGAGUAGUAUUUUAUAAUAGGUACAUACCCAAGUUACUGUAAGUCCUACCCAGAACAAACUUGUAUUGAAUAUAUAUAGGGAUGCAAAUUACGAAAUAAUUUAGGUAAAAUUUGUCAAGGUGAGCUUCAUAAUCUUUGAUUACCUAUGUUUUAAAAUGCUAUUCCUCAAACAGUUUUAAUGAUGUAAUAUAUUCUGUAUAUCAGUUUUUGAUUUCAACAAACAUUUUGGCCUUUCUCACUGAAAAAAAUUCUGUUUUUUAGAUUCUUUUAAAACCAUUCCUACAGUUUUGGUCUGAUUUCAAUUAAACUUAGUACAUACAUAGAUUACAUUAAGAUACAUAACUUGAUGGAUUGAUUUUUAGGAAACCUGAGUUGCUUAGGUGACCUGUUGCAUUCUGUUUUUGUCCAUCUUCAAGAAUGCAUGUUGUGCUUCAUCUGUCUUGCAUUAACAUUUGAAAGUUUUCAGCUUCUUUCGAACUGAAGAACCAAUUUCAAUUUUGGCAUAGAAUAUCUAUAGUGAAAGAGCACAAACAUCAUGAUUUUAUGUUCCUUGCCCCCUUGGGGCCUUAGGGGUGGGGCUAUAACCAUCAAAUUAGUCUUUAAAAAUCAUCUUCUUUACUCCUGGACAUCAUGCAGUCAAACUGUUGGCAUGAUUGUAAUAAGCAUUGAGCCCUCUACCAAAAUUCUUAAAUUCAUGGUGCCACGGUCAGGGGUUUUGGAGUAAGGAUGGGGCUGUAAUGAUCAUGUAUGAAAAUGUAUGAAUUCUUUAAAAAUAUUCUUUUCUCCCUCUGUAAAUAAAACAGAUAAAUCAUAAACAAGGUGCAAUGUUUUGAUGAUCAAAAAUGUCUCUUCCAAAAUUAUGAAAUUUGUGGCCCCAGGUUGAGGGGUUCUGCAUGAGGAAGCUUUUUUGAUUAUAUAGUGAAAGUGCAUUAGUUCCUUGAAAAUUUUAUAUUCUCCACUCCUUUGUAUGAAGUAAACAAAUCAAGUAUAUAAUUAUGAUGAGCAAGGGUGCCUCUUCUAAGUGUGUGAAUUUUAUGGCCCCUGGGUCAGUGGUACUGGUGUUAGUUUGGGGAUCUAUUGAUUAUAUAGUGAAAAUACAUUAAUUCUUUGAAAAUCUUCUCCUCUUCUUCUAGGUAUUUAGCAAAUUAACUGCAUGAUUAUGAUGAUCCAAAGUGCCUCUUUCAAAAAUAUGGCCCCAGGGUCAGGGUUUCCUUGGGAAGGGGGCUCUAUUGAUUAUGUAGUCAACGUACAUUAUUUCUAUGAAAAUCUCUGCUUCUGGGUAUUAAGCAAACAAACCAAGUGCCUAGUUAUGAUGAUCAAGAAUUUCUCUUUAAAAAUUAUGAAAUUUGUGGCCCUGUGGGAAG